GUAUCCUUCACACUGUCCCAUUUUAUACGAUUUCCUUUCUGAUGACUUUGGAUGUGGAAUUGGCUUUCACUUGGCUACGACUUUCCAUAACUUGUUAGACAAAGUCCACGUCCCCACACCCAGGCAGAGUUGAAGAUGGACCACACACCCAUGACCCAAGUUUACUUACUGGAAAAUUCCUCCCUCGACUCCGGUCUGAAGGCCUUGUCCAAGGCCCUGAUCUCCUUCAGCUCCUUCUCCUCCACCAACAGGCGGACGACCCUCCGACCCACAAAUCACUCUACCAAAUAACCGUCUGCUGUUUAUUGCCCUGGUACAGUUUUGUGCCGAGUCUUUACCCAAAAAUAAAAUGAAUGCAGCCCCUUUCCUCUCCCCGGUAUCUUUGUCUUUCCUCACGGUAACCUUUACAGCUUUGCCCUUGGUGGAAAAUGUCCGGUCCGAGUCACGGUUUGCCAGGGAAAAAGGCGAGGUGGACACAUACACUGCGCUCUACUUGGAGCCAGGCCCCCACUCGUUUCCGUAGGAGGCGCGGGCCCGGGAGGGCAGGGGUGUGCGAGCCCUCGGCUCAGCUGGGGCUCAACCCCGACUCUUCGUGGCCACUGGCAGCGGCCUUGGCGUCACGAGUCCUGGGAGGGGUCCAGCGCGGAAACCAGACGGUAGCAGCCGCUGGGCCUCUUCCCGCUUGUUGGAGAUUCCGGCCCCGAAGGCCGCGUCUUCUGUUUCCACGCAAGUGUUUCCUGCUACCUUGGAUUUUCCACGAUGGGCUGGAGCUGCCUUGUGACAGGAGCAGGAGGGUUUCUGGGUCGGAGGAUCGUCCGCCUGUUGGUGGAGGAGAAGGAGCUGAAGGAGAUCAGGGCCUUGGACAAGACCUUCAGACCGGAGUCGAGGGAGGAAUUUUCCAAAAACUUCCCAGCCAGAUCUGGAAAUCCUUCCAUUGACCUGACCGGUGUUCACACAGAGCUCCAGAGCAAGACCAAGCUGACGAUGCUGGAGGGAGACAUUCUGGAUGAGCCAUUCCUGAAGAGAGCCUGCCAGGACGUCACGGUUGUCAUCCACACGGCCUCUAUCAUUGAUGUCUUGGGUGCCAUUCACAGAGAAUCCAUCAUGAACGUCAACGUGAAAGGUACCGUAGCCUGGGAAGGGGAUAAAAUACUGUGGGAAGGCGUGAGAAUUAAGGAUCAGAAAGAAGGACAAGGAAGGGAAGAGAAUUCCCUCCGCUGACACCUGCUGAGCUCUGAGCCAAGUGCCUUUGCUGAUUACUACCAACUGGGAGAGCUCAAAGCCGCUAUUUUCAGUUUUUUAGAUGAGAAAACUAGGGCUGAGCAAUGACAAGUAACUUGUCCAAGGCCCCACAGGUAAGGAAGUAAGAGAGUCAGACUUUAAACUCACCCCUGUGUGACUCCAAAGGCUGUGGAAGCUCUUUCUACUGCAGCUCCAAUCAAAAGUCAAUAAUAUCUGACUUCAGACACUUGAUAUCCAGCCACCCCUCGGCUCCCUGGGCCAGAAUCAGACCUUCCAGGUGCCGCUACAGUCAUCAUUUUGAACCUGCUGUGCAGGCUGAUGAGAACAUUCAGAGCCCUCCUGCCCAUCUGAAAGAUGAAGUCCUCCCGGGAGAGCUGGCACAGCUGGUUCACAGAGGUCUGUCAGGACAGAGUCACCCAGCACACGCCUUCCCACAGUAUUUUCUGAACAGUAAGAGUUUCCCAGGACACAGAAUAGGAUCUCUCCAGCUCACCACAGGGCCUGCAUUACAGAGCCGUUUCCAGCCAGGCACCCAAAGUGAACCUCACUGCACCCUCGUCCCUUAAAUGCUUGGUGGUCUUCCCGAAUUGUGGCUUUCCGACAACCUUAAAUUCAGACACAUUUCAUUAAGGAAUCUUCUCAUGCAGUCUCAUCCUCUGAUUCCCAGAGCUCAGUCUCUUCAGCACAGCAGCACCCCAACCCCAGCCUGGCCCUCUGUAUUCAGGCUACUCAAACUCCUUUUCUAAAGCAACUAAUUGCUUUUAGGUCUCCAGCACUAUCUCAAGAAAACAAAAACAAACAAACAAACAAACAAAACCCCUUUCUGGUUUCUACCUGCCCAUACCCUCUAAGUAUCCCUUUAGUGCAAGGAGGAUGCUAAGAGUAACCGGUUUUUUCAUUUGAAUUCCUGCUCUCCGCAGCUCCCCACAACAGGGGACAUGGAGUGACAGGGGAAGUGCCAGAGGCAUCUGUUUCCUAAAACCAUCAUCACUCCCAGGCUUGGAAAAUACCUCACAAUCUUGGUCAAUUCCCCCUUGAAGAUAAGCUAACUGCAAAUUUUUUCCCUCAUUAGAUUAACUUUUGAAAACGUGAGGCUGCCUUGAUUCCAGUUGGAGCCUUCCUUUAUUCCUGAGGUACUGGGUUGCCUUCCUGCUGGAAGUAGUGAGCUUCCUGCUCAGCCCAAUUUACACCUAUGGACCCCCCUUCAACCGUCACACAGUGACGCUGUCAAAUAGCACGUUCACCUUCUCUUACAAGAAGGCUCAGCGAGAUCUGGCAUAUAAGCCGCUCUACAGCUGGGAGGAAGCCAGGCAGAAAACCGUGGAGUGGGUUGGUUCCCUUGUGGACCGGCACAAGGAGACGCUGAAGCCCAAGACUCAGUGAUGUAAGGAUGACGGAGAUGCCCACAUGGGAGGAUGUUAUCAAGCUCCAUCCUCCUGGCUUCACACAGAAGGUGACAGGAGCACACGCCCAGGUCCUGCUGCUCCUUUCACACAAUGGCCAAAUUGUCUUCCUCGUGUCAUCAAAACCUGCGCAGUCACUGACCCAACCAGAAGCUUUCUGUCCUAACCAUACACCGGAGGACACACAAUGUGAUUUGCUGUUUCCAAAUCUCGGUGGCUGAUUCUGAUCAAUUUGGGGUCUCUUUUUACUUGAGGGUCUCUUUUGAUUAGUAUAGCUUCAUUUCUCCUCUUAAAUGAGAAAGGAUUUCUUUUCUUUUAAAUCUCCCAUUUCUUCACACAGUUCAAUAAAAAGAGCAAUAAAUGCUUUAAUGCUUAA